GCUGUUAUAUUUUAUAUGUUGCUCCCAGUCCUGGGCUAUUUCUUUUCAUCACCAAACGUAGACGAUAAAAAAGGCUGGGGCAGCCUAGCUUCUCGCUAUGAUCAGUACAAAGAUGGGUGGGAUACUAGCGUUCUAGUUGAGACAAGUCUUACUCUGCAGAUAAAAGUUGGAGACAGAAUUGAAACUGUUCGCUUCUUACUCUGCUACAAACGUGGAGUUGAUCGUGUAUUUGUUGAUCACCCAAUAUUUCUUGAGAAGGUGUGGGGCAAGACAGGCUUUAAAGUAUAUGGGCCACGGGCAGGGAUAGAUUACAAGGAUAACCAACUUCGCUUUAGCUUGUUGUGCCAGGCUGCUCUAGAGGCACCUUGGGUUCUGAAUCUAAACAACAGCGAAAAUUUUUCAGGACCAUAUGGUGAAGAUGUUGUCUUCAUUGCCAAUGACUGGCACACUGCUCUCCUUCCAUGCUACCUCAAAACAAUGUACCAAUCUCGAGGGCUUUACAAAAAUGCCAAGGUAGCAUUCUGCAUCCACAACAUUGCCUACCAGGGAAGAUUUCCCUUUGGAGAUUUCGCCCUUGUCAAUCUACCUAAUGAAUUUAAGAGUUCUUUUGACUUCAUAGAUGGGAAUCUCAAGCCUGCGAAGGGAAGGAAAAUCAACUGGAUGAAGGCUGGAAUUAUAGAAUCCCACAGGGUCUUAACCGUGAGUCCGUACUACACAGAGGAACUUGUUUCUGGUGUUGCAAAGGGUGUGGAAUUAGAUAACAUCCUGCGAAGAACUGGCAUAACUGGUAUUGCCAACGGCAUGGAUGUUCAAGAAUGGAAUCCAGCAACUGACAAGUACUUAGAUAUCCACUAUGAUGAGACAAUGGUUAUGGAUGCAGAGCCUCUAUUGAAGGAAGCUCUUCAAGCAGCUGUUGGUUUGCCUGUUGACAGAAACAUCCCUCUGAUUGGUUUCAUUGGUAGACUGGAAGAGCAGAAGGGAUCUGAUAUCUUAGCAGCAGCAAUUCCGAAAUUCAUUGGGGAGAAUGUUCAAGUUGUUGUACUGGGAACUGGCAAAAAGACUAUGGAAAGGCAGUUCGAGGAGCUGGAGAUCAAAUAUCCAAGCAACGUGAGAGGAGUGGCAAAAUUCAAUGUGCCUGUUGACACCUAAAUUUUGGCGACCCGGUCAUCCAUUUA